AUGACUGUGAUUAAGCCAGGUGCGGACCAGCAGCAGAGCGCUUGGGACUGGCAUUUGGACCCUGAGCUGUGGGCCAGGUCACUUCGACAGCAAUUGAACAUUCAUCUCCUUUAUCUGGAGAAAGAGAAGGCAACAGUGUCUACUGGUCGGUCUUUGACUGAUACCAGAGAGUCUCUGGACAGCGAUGAACGGCCCCGGACCUCUAAGAAGAAACGAAGGCAAUUCCUGAAGGAAAUAGAAACGUCUACACUGCUGGAGCUCCUGAUUGCUGAGAUCAGAGCUCUGUUCUCAGCUGUGCUGCAGGAUGGCAGCUCUGCAGCUUGGCGAUACCUGCAUGCAGUACUAGGUCUGUUGCCUCCAUAUCGUGAGAUACUAGCCAAUUGUCUUGAUUUGCUGCCUUUCCUGGAACAGCUUUACUGUUGGGCACCCAGGGUGCAAGUCCAAGUCCACCUGGACCUGCUAGAUGCCAUAGACAAGGCCUUUCCUCCAGACAGCUCUCUGUUACGCUAUGCCUCCCAUGUUGACUGCUCUCCUAGGAAGAAGAGAUUCCAUCGAGAGUCCCCUUGCCCUGCCUGCUCUUUCUUGCAGGCCCAGUGGAGUGGGGGACAAAAAAAGAAGGAAUUGGCCACAUGGUCACGACCAUUGACACUGCGUGAGUUUCAGCACUGCCUGGGCAUUGUUGGUGCUGAAGUAGCCCUAGAAGAGACCCAUUGGCUGGAUGGCCUUAGUCUCCUGCCCUUGGCCCUGGCAACCAACAUCCCUGUGCAGUAUGAAAGCAGUGACACUGACUACCCAGACUCAUAUGUUGACAAACAGACCAAGUCUCAGUUGGACUAUGAAAUUCCUCAAAAAUCCCUCCCAGGGAGAAGUAUUGGCUUCCUGCAUGAGUUUUCCUACCCAGCUAGUCAGGUGUUGGCCAUCAUGAAGACCGAGAAGUACCUGAGGACCAUACACUUCCUCUACCUCAAUGUGGCUCCCAAUCGCCUCUUUAAGCCUUAUGAUCUGAUAGUAGUGCCACAUAACAAGGUGAAUCCUGAACACUACAUCUUCUCUCCCUUUGGGGUGCUGUAUGUACAUCCACUGGAUGGCAGUGAGGCCAUGACGCUGGGUACCUGGCAUCGUCACUCUGUUCUCUGGCAACAGCUCCAGUUCAUUCCGUUCUUUAAGUAUUGCCUCUUACGCAAGGCCUUGGCCUGUUGGAAGAAGAACGUGAAGUUGCUCGUACUGCAUCAGAUCCAGACUCUCCUAGGGACUCAACUGCUCUCCGCUGUGCCCCACUUUGGAGCUGGGUUACUCCACAUUAGCAGGCUUCUGCAGGAGCUUCACACUGUGUCCUGGCUGCCCAAUGACCCUAAUUACUGCUAUGAGCUGUUGGACCUGCGAAGGGCCCUGGCCAGAAAGAAAUACAGGGCCCUGCGGGUACUCCGUUACUUCCUGAAUCUCUGUACAUCCAUUCUUCAGUUGAUUCAUGAGGACACACACCACAUGCAACAUGGCCUGCAGGAGCAAGUGCAGAACUGCAGAAGACCCAGGAUAGACCAUGGCUCAGUGCACCUUCACAAGGUCCUGCUCCAGCAGCUGCAGCAGAAGCUGAGUCAGACAGAGACCUGGCUGCUACAGUUAGGAAGCUUGCACCGCUUGGUCAACUACAUGACUUGUCAGAGCCUGGUUUCAAUCUUGGAAGAUGAGAUAACCUCUUUUGUGGCUAAUAUUAUCCAAGCCCCCAGGAAAAGCCCCUUCCUCUUAUCACGGCUUAUCUUUAAUGAAUAUAACCAGCUGUCUCCCAUGCCCCCUAUUGAAAAUAUAAUCCGUAAUCUCAUUGAUGGUGUGAAGUCUAUCAAGACCUCUACCCUGCAGGUAGUACGGUCUGCAACUCUGAAGCCCUCCAAGAAUGUCCUGAGGAAAAAUGAGGAGACCUCAGACCAAGACUCAGAAUCCCCAAUACCUGAUUUCCACAACCAGCCCACCUAUGCUGUUAAAAUGUUCUGUGGCCCUAAUGUUGGAUUCGUGUUACCCUGGAAGACUCAUGCAGAUACCACUCAUUUCCUGGAGAUCUGUGGGCACCGACUGCGGGGCCAUUAUUUGCCUCACAAUUAUGACCAGCUGCAGGUGGAUUUGGACAGAAGCUUCCGAAUCCAGCAUGCACUGACUACACAAAAGGCACUGCUGGAGGCCAUGCGGUGUGAGGUGCGGGAAUUCUGCAAAGACCAUCGAUGGGUUACAGUCAUUUAUGAGUUCCUGCAGAGCUGGGGGCCUGAGAAGCUGGAGAACAUGCGAGGCUGUCCUGUCAAGAACUACAUAGCACUGGUGACCCGUCUGAAGGCUUGGCAGGCCCAAGUCUCUGAAAUCCCUAUUCAAUUGCUGACAAAAGGCAAGCUGCUGCUGCUGAGCUGCUAUGAUGUAAAGACAGAGCUAACAUCCAGGCUGAACAAAAUUAGGACGGACCUUCUUGCCCAGGUGCAGGACGAGUGUUGCAAACGCAGUAAGCAACUAAUGUCCGAGCUCAGCAACUUCAUGAAAGUCUUCCAGACCAUCAGCUCAGACAUUCACACCAUUGCACGAUGCUCCCAGAAGUUGAAUGAAGCCAGUGAACAGUACAACCAGCUGGAAACACGAACAGAAUACAUCCGGUCUCUCCAUGAACUCAUCCGCAACCACUUUAAUGUAUUCAGUAGUGAGAAUGAGGCACUGGACAUCUCGGUGAGAGGAUAGGUCACGAUGUCUCCCACUCCUCUUUGUUCCCCCUCUCCGAAGCCACAUAUACUCAUGACCCUAUGAUUUCUCCUCCUUCACCAGCUUCUAGACAUGUGGGAGACAUUUCAGUUUGAGAAGAGCCAGGCCUCUGAGUUCCUGCUGAGCAAGCAGCAUUCCAUCCUGCCUAAGCUGCAACAGCUGAUGGCAGCAGCUCUGGCCGAGCUGGAAAGCCUGCUUGACAAGGCCCUGACUGGUCCCUUCAUGGACCCGACACAAGCUCAGAGGAAAACUGAGCUACAGCUCAUCUCUCUGGAGCAUCAAUAUGAGAAAACCAGCAGAUACUUCAAAGAACUCCACUAUACCUACACUGCGUUGACUGGGGAAGACUGUGGUAUGUCUUUGCCCAUCCUCGGAACCCGCCCCAUAGUGAUGCAGCAGCGCAUCUGGCACCUCUACGGAGUCAUCUCUGAGAACCUCAGCGAGUGGAAGUGCAUGGCUUUUCUUAAGUUCAACCUGUCCAUGGCCCAGGAGAAGACUGAUGCCUGGCUGACAGAGGCAGCGCGCCUGAGCGCGACCCUGGGGAUGCACAGCCCAGUGCUGCAGCGCUGCAUGCGCAUGCUCGAGGAGUUUCGCAGCUGUCUGCCCUUGCUCACCAAGCUCACCAGCCUCAACCCUCAGAGCCUUAGCUGCCAGGCCCUCUUCCGAGCCUUAGGGCUAGGCAUUAUCCGCAAUAUGGACCUCCUGACACUGGGCCAGCUGCUCUCGUGUCCACUGCUGGAAUUCUCAGAUCGAAUCAAACAGGUCUGGCAGCAUGAAAAAGAACAAAUGCACGCCCAAGAGAUCCUCCAGCAGUUGCAGCAGUACUGGGAGACACGCCAGCUGCGUCUGCUCAACUUCAUCUUGAAUGUGCCCUAUGAGCCCCCAGCCUCAGAGCAUUCCAAGAAGAAGCUCUUCGAAAGCCCACAGUGGGAGGUGGUGGGCAAGGAUAGCGGCACCUUUAUCCUAUCAGACUACAACAAUCUACAAGACUCAAUCCAGGAUAGUCUUCAGACAUUGUUCAAGAUGCGGGCUAUCCACAAGUCAGGAGACUUAUACAAAACAGCUUUGGAGUGGGUGACCAUCAUGCAUAGCCUGAGUGCCCUGCUGGAGGUGUGGGUGACGUUCCAGCAGAAGUGGAUUUUUCUGAAUAAAGUUCUCCAUGAGAUGAAGAUCCAGUUUCCUAAUGCUGACCUGCACGCUCGUUUCCAGGCCAUAGAUGAUCAGUAUCGGACCCUGAUGCACAUCUCCAUAGCUGACCCCCUGGUGCUGUCACUCAUACUGCCCAGUGCCAAGAGGAGCCCUUAUUUCCAGGGUCAGCAGUUACAACAGCUGCUGCAAUCAGGGUCGGUGGAGCUGGAAAGCAUCAUCAUGGCUCUGCAGAGUGUGCUCUAUGAGGUAUGUGCUUGCUUCCCCCGCCUUUUCUUCCUCAGUAACAGCGAGCUGGUGGCCCUCCUGGCCACCCCUCUAGAACCGUAUGAGGCCCAGCCAUGGGUGCAGCGCUGCUUUCCUCAUGUCUACACAGUAAGCUUCCAAUCCCACCUAACGGAUGAGAAAAAUACUCAAGACCACGACCAGGAGUCAAUCCCAAGUAGAAAGACUCGAGUGGAGACAUUUGCUGUGCGAGGGGCAGGUGGAGAGGCGGUGAAGCUGCAGGAGUCCUUACCCCUGUAUCCAGAUAUCCCCAAGUGGCUAGCCACUCUGGAGAAAUACCUGCGCUCCACACUGGUGUCCCUGCUACAGGACUGUGUCACCGCUCGCCUGGCUUUGAGCUCAUUCCUGGUCUUUAAGAAACUGCCUCAGCAAAGAAGGUUGCCCCUGCAGCAACAUGUUCAUCAUUGGUUAGAUUUAGCCCAGGAUUUCCCAUGGCAGUGUGUACUGGUAGCAGAGGAAGUGGUGUGGCGGGCUGAGAUGGAGGAGGCUCUGCUUGAAUCAGGGACCCUCGAUGUGACUCCCAUGCACAUACACAAAGUCGAAGUCCUGGUGCAAUUUAUGAGAGUCCGGAGGAGCUCCCAGGGCAGAAAGACCUUCGUGCCCUCUGCCCGCCAGGCCAGCCUGCUCAGUGCCCUGCUGGUCAUGGCAAUAAGACACCGGGAUAUCGCCCAGCUGUUAGAGAAGCACCAGGUCAGUGACCUGAAGGACUUCCACUGGGCUCGUCAACUCAAGUAUCACCUGGGUUCUCCUCACCUGAUUCCCGAAAGGCCAUUGCAGAAUCUUAAGACAGUGGUAUCAACUGAGUCCUCUCUGUCACCAGCUGCAUGCUGGGUAGAUGUGUUGGGCCGUUCCAUCGUAUACAAUUAUGAGUAUAUGGGUCCCAGAGUAGAGCCUCUACCCAGCCUGCUCCCUGAGCGCCCAGUGCUGAGUCUAAUAUUGGCCCUGGACCAGGUAGCCUGUGGGACACUACUGGGUUCUAAUGGUGUAGGCAAGACAGAAAUGGUAAACAGCUUGGCCCGGGCCCUGGGCCGCCAGCUGGUAAUGAUGCUCUGCUUGCCCCAGAUAGAGGCCAGGUGUCUGAGCAGCUACCUGAAUGGCGCCCUGCAGUGUGGUGCCUGGUUGCUUUUGGAGGCAGUCCAUCACCUGCCUCCUGGCUUGCUCUCUGCCCUGGGCCAGCACCUGGCUGAACUGCAAAACCUCUAUCGCCCUCUGUACCAACAGGCUUCCCGAAGCAUGGGCACCAUAAACCCUACUGAACCCCAGUUCCUUGGUAGUGGCCUCUUUGAGAAGCAUCAUGUGUCCAUGCGCCUUGGCUAUGGCUGUUUUCUGACCAUGCGUGCCUUGAGCCCUGCUAUACCCACCAACUUGCACCAGCUGCUGCGGCCCGUGGCAUUGGCACUACCUGACCUUCAGCGAGUAGCAGAGCUGGCCCUGCUGGGUGCAGGAAUGCGAGAUGCUUCCCGCCUGGCUGCCCGCCUAUCCAAAUUCUUCUCCCUAGAGCAGGAGCUGGCAUCUGGGCCCCUGCCCUGCCGCUUGCCCCUGCUCAAGCAGAUCCUGGAAGAUGCAAUCCAGAUGCUCAAUGAGCCCAAGGAGGAAUUGGAGUCCCAGGGUAGACUCACUUCUGUGGAGGAGACUGUCCUUCUGCGUGCCCUGCUGCACUCACCACUGUUCAGCAUCCUUGACGAGCUCCACCUCCAAAACCUCCGCAAGCUGCUGUGUGGGGUCUUCCCAAAUGCUAGCCACGUGCUGGCAGAGCCUAUGGUCCACAGGUUGAUGAAGUCAUUAAUGAUGGAGGAACUGCGGCAGGUAAGCUUGCUUCCCAGCCUUGAAAUUCUGGGGUCCCUGGAGCAGCUCAGCCAGGCCCUGAGCCGUUCCUCAGGCGUUCUGCUCCUGGGUCCUGCAGGCAGUGGCAAGACUACUUGCUGGCGCAGCUUAUUUAAGAUCCACAAUCGGUUGGCAGCCAUGGAAAGCACUUCCACCCAGGGCUACCAACCUGUGGAAAUUACUCACCUCUAUCCUAGCACGCUCAACUCCCAGGAGUUCCUAGGAUGGCUAGAGGGACCCUGUUGGCACCAUGGCAUUUUCCCCAGGCUACUUCGUGCAACCCCUCGAUGUAACAGUAAGGCAGCAAAAGAAGACAACCAAGAAUGGAUGGGAAUCCAGCACUGGAUCGUCUGUGAUGGGGCCUCUAGUUCGGCGUGGCUGGACUCCAUCACUUGCCUCCUGAGUAAUCCUCCCCAGCUUAGCCUCCCCAAUGGUCAGCAAAUAGCACGACCACCAGGUACCUUCUUCUUGUUGGAGGUGGCAGAUGCCACAGGUAUGUCCCCCACAGUAGUCGGCCGGUGUGCCCUAGUCUGGUGUGGGGGGGGACAGACGUGGCAGUCUAUGCUUAGCACUUUGAUGACAUCCCUGCCCCGUGACUACCGCUUGCAGCCUCCGACAAUCACUGAGCUCAACCACAUGGCUGAAUUUCUGGUGCCUGCCACAUUCCGAUUUCUUGCCCGCAAAGGGACUGGCUCUCUGCUGCAGAUUCAUGGGCAGCAGACUCUUUGUCCAGGUGUAGCUGAAGUUACCAGCCUGGCCCGCAUCUUGCGUGGUCUGCUUGACUCUCACCUGCGCCUCUAUGAAGAAAAGAGUGUAUAUGGCUCAGAGGACCACAGUGAUAGAGAUCCUAUGGCCAAAAGUAUCCCAUCUUCAAAAAGCAGCUCCCUGAAACAAUACCAUGUUGAAAGCAAUGAGACGUCGAAUAAGCACAGGGAACAUCUGCUGGCUGUCAGCAGCUUUCUUUUUGCCCUGAUCUGGGGCUUUGGAGCCCACCUUCCUUCCAGGCUUUGGCCCCUCUUUGAUACCUUCAUGAGGAGUUCUAUUAGUUGCCUCACCAACUACCCUGAGCCACCACCCUCAGCUUCAGUGUUUGAUCUACAUGUAAACCCUGAAGAUGGGACAUUGGUCCCCUUCACUGGCCAUUAUCUGAGCAGCCGUGUCAAGGGAAAUCUAGGAUUCUUCCGCUCUUCUGACCAGACCGAGCAGCUCUUAUAUAUGGUAGAUCUGCUUCUGUCCAAGGGGCAGCCCGUGCUGCUGGCUGGAGAGGCAGCCACAGGGAAGUCAGCCUUUGUGGAGGUCCUAGUGGUGCCAAACCACCCAUGCAUAUCCAACUCCAUCCAUCCCGCCUUCGGUUCUGCCCAUCUCCGCCAACUCCUGAGCAGGGGAGUCCAAGGCCAGUCACAAGCCACCCCCUGGCCUGAGAAUCAACAGGAUUCUAAAGACUCCCUCCUUUUCCUGUUGGAGGAUCUGCACCUGGCCACUUCUGACCCAGAGAAGAGCUGCCAGCCAGUUCUGGAGACGCUGCGCCAGGCCAUGGACGGCACUGUGUAUGCCCACAACACCUUGGAGCUGCAGACACUGCAGCCCACAGCCAACUUCCUUGCCACAGUUACAGUACCAGCGUGCAGCGAGCGCCCGCUCUGCCCACGCCUCUUUCGGCUCUUCACAGUGCUAGCCCUAGGCAGCAUGACCCUGACCACCAUGUUGGGCAGACACGCACCAAACAUCCAAGCCUGGCUUGAGCGCUUUCCCUCUAUGGAGCGGGAAGGUGCUCUGGCAAGAGCUCUGGUUCGAGCUUCCAUGGAGGCUUGGGAGGCUGUGAGCAAUCGCUUCAUGCCUUCACCUCUCCACCCACACUACCAUUUCUCCUUGCACUCUGUCAGCCAGCUUCUGGGAAGCCUACAGCUACUACCUACUAGAGUGAGCCCAGGGAGUCUUGUAGACUCUUACAGCCAUCAGGAGCAUCUGCGCAGAGUGUCAGGCUUACGUGGCACUCGCCUGUCUGUUAUGAUGGUCACACGCAACAUGGUGCGUCUUUGGUUGCACGAGGCACAUAGAACUUUUUGUGACCGUCUGGACAGCCACAGGGAACGCACCUGCUGUUCCAAGAUACUCCUAAAAAUAGCUCAGGGAGUCUUUGAGGAAGAGAAGGAAGAAGAGGAGAGGGUUCCCGAAGUGGAGUCUGAAGGGGAACUAGCCCAGUGGGAGGAGUUAAACAACAGCGACAGUGAAACAGAUGACGAGGAUCCUUACAGCCUUGAGGCCACCACAGGUGCACACCCUUCUGACCCAAGCCUCCUACCAUCCAAAAAAUUAACAGGAAAGGAAAGUAUGGAAAGUAAAAGUCCCAAGACAAAGCAGGAGGCAGACACCAGAGCUUCUAUCUAUAAGCAGUCAAAGAAACAGAAGAGGUGGUGGAAAAAGAUAAACCAGAAAGACUUGGUCUCACCCUUGUUGCUUCCAGUGCUGCUGCUCCGUCCCCGGGAAAAUCCUUUAGACCUGGUCUUCAGUCAGAAAUUGUUGGUAUCCAACUCCGAAACUCCCAACUUGUACCUGGAACGGGAGUGGGAGAACCUGGAAGAGCAGCUGGCUGCGUCUGCUGCUCAGCUGAAUCUGAACCCCCACCUCGCCCGCUGCCACACCUCAACCCAGCACGUGGCUCGUCUGGUCCGUGUGCUAGCCAGACCCCACCAGCAUGGCUUACUGCUCUCAGGAGUUGUGGGUACCGGACGCCAUACAGCCAUCACUCUGGCUGCCAGCAUUUGUCAGGCCCACCUCUUCUGCCUGCCGUCUGGGUCGGAGGAGGCCAUUCUCCAGUGUCUACGAGACGCCAGCUGGCAUGCCGGAAUGUCAAACCAGCCAGUGGCACUGGUGGUACCCAAGAGUGCGAAUAUUACCACCCUUUAUCGCCUGGUCGCCCUGGCCACCUCAGGCACUUUCCCUGACCAGUACACAGAGGCAGACCUGGAUCACAUUGAAGAUCGGGUCCCCAGGGAGAACCUGGGUCUCAAAUACAACACUAAGAAGGAAGUCGUGUUGCAGAGGUUCUUCAAGCAAGUGAGUCGCCACCUGCACAUGUUUUUCCUGAUUGAAGAUGACCAGAUCCAAAAGCAGCUGCCCUCCACUCUUUUCCUGCAGCUUCUCCAACUGGCCACGGCCAGCAUUGACCAUUACGAGCCCUGGGACCAAGCUUCCCUGGUCAAGGUUGCUCAGUUCUACCUGGAGAGUGCUAAUAGCCCACCCCCUGAUGACAGCGCCUUGAAGUUCCUAGACCUCCAAGCCUCAAUUCCCAGCGUGGCCAAAGCCAUGGCUCUCAUCCACCUUUCGACUGCCUACUACCAUGAGCACCUGUGCCCUUCAUUGCCACUGGUCACUCCCAAUACCUUCCUAGACCUCCUGAACACCUUCAUGCUACAGAAGCAAGAAAUGACCCUGAAGAUGAAGACUAGAGCCAACCGGAUUCAUACUGCCGUGGAGAAUCUGAGAACAUUAGUGGACCACCACAGCUUCCAGUCCAGCCUGGUCUCGAACUUGGAACAAGAGCUAAAAGGCUCCUAUAAGAAUGUUGGGAUGUACCAGCAUCAGCUUGACCAGAUCAAGCUCCAGUACAAGCGGCAGCUGGCAGAGUGUCGGCAUCAGGAGAGCCUCGUUGAGAACCUAAUCAAGCAGCGGGAUGCCCUGAAGGCUCAGCACGAUGCUUUCCUGGAACAGAUGGGCAAAGCAUUUCUGGGCCCUCUGAGCCAGCUGCAGGUGUCUGACUUUGAGGAGAUCCGGAGCUAUCGAGCACCGCCAGAACCUGUAGUCCGCGUGACAGAUGCUCUGUGCGACUUAUUCCACCGUGAAACAGGCUGGGCCAGUGCCAAGCAGCUCCUAUGCCCCGAGGAUUUUUAUCAGGAGUUGGUGUUCUUCCCCAAGGAGAAGCUCACAGACUCAGAACUGGUCAAGUUACGACAAGCUCUGAGUGCUCCAGGUAUGAGCGAUGCCGCACUGCGGGCAGUGAGCAAGCCUGCAGCAAACCUGGCAAUCUGGCUGUGGGCAGUUAUGCACUAUGGGAUGGCACAGCGCCGGGGACUACCCACAAGCAUGCUGCUGCGGCAGGUGGAGGAAACAUUAAUCCGAGAGCAGGCUCGCUUAGGCCGCUACCAGUUUCAGGCCCAGGAGUUGCUGGAGUAUACCUUAGACCUGGCUAAGAAGCUGGAGGAUGCCCAAGCAUCUUACAGCCGUAUGAUGGAGAACCUCAAUCAAGCACACUACGGACAACAUCACGAAUGGCCCAUAAAGUCUGCACUGAUCACCCCCAUGCACACCUGGAUUACACAACUCCAGAAACUGAGGGAGCACUGCAUGAGUCUGUUUGGAGAUGCCCUCCUGUGCUCAGCUGCCAUCACCUACCUGGGUCCCUUCCCACCACUGAGGCGCCGGGAGCUGCUAGACAAGUGGCUGGCUCUGUGCAGGGGCUUCCCGGAGGCCCUGGGCCCAGAUGAUGUGGCCCAGGCACUGAAACAGAAACAUGGCAUCGUACCACCAAAGAUGUCUCUGCUGGCCACACGCUCUCCCUUCAGGAUUCUCUCUCUGCUGAGCAGCGAAGCUCAACAGUUCCAGUGGGACCGAGACCGGAAGCCCCAUGCUAGGUCAGCCCGCUUGAUAGGCCUGCUGCUUCGAAGCUUCACUCACUACUACAGCUACCGUUGGCCUCUGCUGCUUGACCCCAGCCAACAGGCCCUCAUCUGGCUGGACCCACUGCCACGAGCAAAGAACAUGUGCUUAGCCUCAGAAUCCACCGAGAGGCUUGGGAAUUGCCUCCUGAGAGAUCUAACUAGAGAUGAAGAAGAUACAGAAGAUGACACUAGUGAAGAGGAAAAUGAGCCCGAGAAGCAGACAGAAGAACAAAAGCAGGCGAAGAAAGAACAAGAGGAAAAUGUGAAAGAGAAAGAGACUGAGACUCAGAGUCAGGGGUCAGAUAUCGCUUCUGAGGCUGGGCCUCUGCCUCCUGUCUGUCUAUGUGUCCUCUCGGGUGCUGACCCAGAGUUGGGUCUUCAGCUCCGGAAGGCAGCUGCCAACGGCCAGCCUGUGCUCCUAACCAACAUGGAGCUGGGCCUAGGGUGCCAAGAACUCCAAUGGCUGCUGCAUCGGGAGCAGCUGAGCCCACCCGAGGUGCAGACUGGCUUCUGUCUCUAUCUAAGUACUACCCUCACACUCGGUGCCUUGGAAAAUGUGCUAGGUUGUGAACUGCUGAAGAGGAUGAAUGUGAUGGAUCUUGGCAUGAACAUGGAUGUACUAGAAGAGCAGAUGCUGCAUGAAAUCUUGUCUAGAGAGGCUCCCGAGCUUAAGAAACGCUGGCAGGAGCUACAGACCAGACACUUGGAUACCUGUGAAGCUGUUAAAACUGAUGAGGAGCGGUUAUUGACGGCCCUACUGUUACCGCAUCCAAUGCAACAGAAACCUGCCAAGUUUCUGCGGGACAUGGUGAGAGUCCAGGCAAAGAUAUGUCAGCUGCGAGCCCAGAUUGAGGAGCUAGAAGAGCAGAAGAUGCAGGAAGUUGUACUAUGGGUACCCUACCAGAAUGUGGUCCGUCACGGGAUAGCCAUAGUAGAGGCCCUUAGCUCCCUACAGAACAUGCUGCCACUUUUCCAUAUGAGCUCAGAGAACUGGCUGACAGCUACCAAGCGGGCUUUAAACAGUAUGAAACCCCAUGACAGCCAGCAUGGGGAGGACUUGGCCAGUCAUCUGCUGCAGCUGAAAAUACGCUUGACUCGCCAUCUACUGGGCAGCACCGUGGCUAUAUUGGGGCUGACCCAAGUACCCUUGGUGGGUGCCUUAGGUGCUCUGGCUCUGCUGAGUGUGAAAAACCAGGCCCCAAAGCUAGAGAAGCUGGCACUGUGGCCUGGAUUGACGACCUCUUUGAUCACAAGUCACAGCAAAUCCGCGUCAGGUGCAGGCCGGCCAGCAUGGCUAGGGCUGAAGGCCUGGCGAGAAUGUGCAAUAUUAGAGCGGCUGCCUCCCUUUAACGGGCUGCGUGCAUCCUUGACAGAACACCCUAAAAUCUGGCAGGAUUACCUGUCGCUGUCCUCUACAGUGCUGGGUCCUACACCUGAGCUUCAAUCAGAGCCACUCAGCCUCUUUCAGAAGCUGAUUCUGUGGAGGGUUCUCCGACCUGACUGCCUGGCAGCCGCCUUGGCAGACCUCACCACCAGCCUCCUGGGCCGCCCCCUGGAUGAAAACCUGAGUGCACCUACCAUACCCUUCGAACACAGCCAGGCCACCCAGCCCAUACUCAUCUUGCUGCCGCCGCCUGGUCACCCCACAGCCUUGGGGCAUCCUCUGGCUGUCAUUAAGAAACUAGCUGACGUCCACAUUCAGAAGCAAGUGCAGGUGAUAGCUCUUGGCUCCAAAGCCUGGGACCCACUCUCUGUUGUUGUCGGCAGUCUGUGCCAGGCUAUGUUCAUGGGGUACUGGUUGGUGCUGGAUAACUGUCAUCUGAUGCCCCAUUGGCCAAGAGAGCUGAUGCAGCCCUUGCUGAGCUUACUGGAUGGAGCUAAGGUGAUUUCAGACAGGGAAUUGGAAGAAUCUGUACCUCAACCCGAGAGCAGGACUACAGCCAUUGUCCACAGAAAUUUCCGUCUGUGGCUUAUUGUGACCACAGAAGCAAGAUCUUCCUUGCCAGCUGUGCUGACUCAGCACUCCUUGCCUGUUUUCUGGGACCAAUCCCUGGAGCUGAGCCACAUCUUGGUCAACAAUGUGGAAUUAGCCCAGCAAGAAUCCCUUGCUCAGCCCCCUACCCAGAUAGUUCCUUUGCUCCUCCUACAUGGCCUUCUGCUGCACCGGCAGCUGUAUGGGAUGAAAAUGCAGGCACACAGGGGGCGCUGGAGUCAAAUAACCCUGGCCCAAGUCCUUCAGACCCAGAGUCAGCUGUGGGCCAGUCUCAGCAAUCCCAGCGUUGCCAUGCAGGAGCUGGCGGCUUCCAUUUUCUAUGGGGGCCCGCUGGAAGACAAGGAGGACAUGAAGGCUCAGAUUAGCCUCACUCAAGCCUGCCUGGGCUCCAGCAACAGGAGUGGGGUCCAACCACACACACCUCAGUCUCUGCUGGCCAGUCUGAUGCCUAGUCCAGAUCUAGGGAAGCUGGAUGCCAUGGCCGAGUGCAAGGCGGAGGUACACCUGCUGCCCACCCCAUCUGAGCCGGGGAUCUGCGGCCUGAGUGAGGCCCCCCGAGACUGGCUGCUGCGAUGCCGCAGUCGGGCACUGCUACGCGCCAUGCGCCAGUGCGCAACCUCCUGGGUCCCUGCCGACGCGGGAGGCGCCCGGCGAGCCGAAAGGCGGCUGCGGGUACGCCUAGUGCAAGCCAAGGGGAGGCUGGAGGCCCUGCAGGAGCUGCUGACCCAGCACACAUGCGGAGACCAGUCCGAGGCCUACAAGGUGGGGCCCACCAAGGAGCAGCCUCUGCGGGCCUUCCUGGAGCGCGAGGUGCUGGAACUCAGUCAGCUGGUAGUCUUGCUGCAGUGUGACCUUACCUGCCUGCUGCAGCAGCUCUCGGGGGAGCCCCCAUGCGCCUCCCACCGCUGCGUGGAGGUGGCCCAAGCCCUCUGGGCCGGCCACUUUCCCCGGCCUUGGCGACGCCACGCACCAGCUGGGCCGCAGCCGCCCUGGCAAUGGCUCCGGCAGCUGUCCAGCCGUGGGCAGCAGUUGAUUCUCUACCUGGGCGACGGUGAGGACCGAGGUUUCCAGAUCCCCCAGCGCAUCUUUCACCUGUCAGCCUUUUGUCACCCGCGUCGCCUGCUGUUUGCCCUGCGCUGGGAGGCCAUCCUGGCCGGCCCCAGUUUCCCGGGUAGUCAAGAUUUAAGUUUCGGUGCUCUCCUGUACAGACGUCAGGAGCUGACCCAUCUUCUGCACCUCCGGGUGGAGAACGGCCCCAACCCCACUGUUCCUGAGCUGGGGUUGCUGCUGACGGGAUUACAAGUCCUGCACGCCAAGUGGGACUUCUCGGAGGGGGCCUUGCUGGACACCAGCUCCACCCAGCCCAGCCCUCUGCCCCCGGUCAGCGUCAGGGCACAGGCCCCUGGCGCCAGUGAGCUGCCCGCCCCAGACGGCCUGCCUGUAUACCCCUGUCCCGUAUACAUGGCAGGGCCCCUUGGCACCACCAAGCUGCACAGCAGCAACAUCCUGAUGUACCUGCCCCUACCCACCAAGCUCAGUCCCGACACCUGUGUCCUACGCAGAGUCCACGUGUGUAGCCCCCCUUUGCCCUGCCCUCUACCAAAAUAA